CAAGAUAAAAAUUUAAAAAAAAAUUUGAAAGAAAAAAAAAAUAAAACCAAGAGAAACAUAAUGAAAGAAGAGCUCAGAAGAAACAAGCUGACAAUGCAUGAUUUGCCCCAACCAUGCAGAAAUCCUCGCCACGAUCCUCGACUACCUCCCUGUCGCCGACCAGCUGCGCUUCGCCCGCACCUCGCGCCGCAUGCGCGAGAUGGUCUACGACGACACGCGGUGGGUCGCCCGCCUGCGGAGCAUGGGCUGCUGGAACGAGGCCGAGGCGCGCCGCCGCUUCGAGGAGGUCUUGCUGGCCCGCCGCCGGAAGGCCGCCUCCGGGGCCCCCGGCCGGUUGGGGGUCGGGGUUGCGGCGGGGGCGGGGGCGGGGGCGGGGGCGGGAGGAGCCGGGCCUGGGACGAGUGCCGGAGAGGAAGGAAGAGCGACCCGGCAGAGCCUGCUGUUCGACGCCGGGCUGGCGCUGGAGGAGGCGGAGGAAGAGGAGAGGAGGCAGCAGGGGAGGCAGAUGGCCGAGGUUCGGGACGGGUUCGAGACGAUGAAGGUGGCGGGAACAACGGGGCACGCGGACGCGGCCGCGGCCGUGGCGGAGGCAGGGCAGCGCGACCCGUCGACGGACCCCGAGGCGCUGCUGGGGGUCAUUAAGAACGCGCGCAGCAUCCGGGGGCUCGCGAGGCAGGAGUACGGCAAGAUCUACGGCGCACUGGCCCCCUUCUAUUUCGACCUCGUCUGCUCCAAAUCCCAUACCGACCCGCUGGUGUUCAAGGUCUUUCGCGACCCCGAACGGCAGGCGCAGAUGCUGGCCAACCUGAGGAUCUUCGCCAAGAGCGACUGGGCACAGGGCGCACUCGGGAGGGAGGAGAAGCUGGACAUGAUGACGAGCAUCUUCGAGAGCGCGGUGCUGCGCGAGUUCGAGCAGGGCUACGAGUUCUGGGACGUGGACGGGCGGAUGAACAAGUACGCCCACGUGCUGGACAUGCUGAACGGGAGCAACGCCGCCGUGGAGCUCUUCAUCCAGAAACACCCCAUCUUCUCGGACCGCGAGGUGCUGGCCAACCCGAUGGACUGCGUCAACCAGGCGCUGGCCGACAGCAUCACGCUCGAGCCGUCGCGGCGCUUCUUCGACGUGCUCUCUCGCAAGGUCAACGAGCAGGCCGGCAUCAUCGAGCGCAUCUUCCCGGACCCGGGGCCGGUGUUCUGGGCGUUUGUCGACAAGGUCAGGGAGGACAUCAUCAUGGAGUACGCCACGCCCUUGUUCGACGAGACCCACGAGCGGAGCAUACCGUCGUACUUGAGGGCCGUGUCGGGCAUCUUUGAGCAGACGCUGCACUUCCUGCGGACCCUGACGCCUCCCAAGGGCGGAGAGGCAGAGCAGGAGGACAGGGCCAAGGAGCUGGCGCUCAAGACGUUUGAACCGCACCUCGACCUCUACCUGCAGGACGAGAUAGACGAAUUCGCCAGGCAGGCCGAGAGGGAGGUGGGCGAGUGGGAGAAGAAGCUGUCGGAGCAGGACGCGAGCGUCGAGUCGUUCUACAUGGGCAGCUUCGCGAAUCGGCAAGCGGACAAGAAGGACUUCUUGACGUCCUUCAAGAAGGUCGUCAUGAUGCCCGUUACGGUGCUUCCGACUACCUUCUCGUUGCCGAGCCUGCCGCUCGGGUCGCCGUUCGCCAGCAAGCCGUCCGCAGCGGCGAGCACAAACGGCGGCGGCGGCGGCGGCGGCGGCGGUGGCAGUAGCAGCAAUACGGUGCAGGAUCCCGGCCAGCAGGGAGGUUCGCGCGCGCAGUCGCCGGGGCCUUCGGCGCAGUCGGCGACCGACCGCAGCAGCAGCCCCCCGCUGCCGGGCAAGGCGCCAACCGACGAGCUCGCGGCCAAGGCGGCCCUCAUGACGUCCAGGCUGGAAGGCAUUAAGACCCUGCUCAGCAUCGAAGUGGCGCUAAGCCUGGUGCACGCAGCCAAGGCGAGCCUCGGACGGGUGGCCGUGUUCAUCCAGCUCGGCGGGCAAGCCGGCGGCGAGGCACGGGAGCAGUGCGCCGCCAUCUUCGUCACUCUGCUGCGCAUCCUGGGCAACAGGCACAUCAAGCCGGGCUUCGACAGGGCCGUGGAACACCUGUCCCAGUACAACCCGCGCGAGGUGAGCGAGCACCACCAGGGCGGCGUGGCGCCGCUCGUGACCUUUAUCGAGCUAGUCAACGUGGGCGACCUCAUCUCGCAGAUGAUCGACGUCUUUUACGAGCAGCAGCUCGCCGGGCCCAAGAUCGCCGACCGCAACGACUUUAUGGACCCGGCGGGGCUGGCCAAGAAGAAGUUUGAGCAGAUGCUCGACGAGAGCGUCGCCGCCGGCCUCAACAAGGGCAUCGACGUGCUCAUGGACGAGGUAGAGUACCUCUGCGCGACGACGCAGCUGCCGACCGACUACAACCCGGGAGCGGCCACCACCCCGGACGCCGCGUCGUCGUCGUCGUCGACAACGACGACCACGUCGUCGCUGGAGAAGCGCGCCUCCGCGCUGCCGGGGGCGGUGGACAUGGAUGUCGGGCCGACGCAGACGGCGCAGCGCAUCCGCGACCUGGUGGCGUCGCACACGUCCAUGCUGGUGGGCAGCACCGACAAGUCGAUGCUCGACGUCUUCAACGGCGAGGUCGGCCUGCGGCUCUUCACGGCGCUGUGCAAGCACCUGAAGCGGCAGCGCAUCAGCACCGAGGGCGCCGUCAAGCUGAUCGCCGACAUGAACCUCUACUUUGAGUACAUCCGGACGCUCAAGAACCAGGACCUGCUGGCCUACUUCCGGGCGCUGCGGGAGCUGAGCCAGAUCUACCUCAUCGACGCCAGGCACGCCAAGGAGAUGGCGACCAUCAUUGCCGACGGCGAUCGCUUCGGCGGCAUCUUCAGGGCCGAGGAGGUCUACGAAUACGCCGAGAGGAGGGCGGACUGGUACCAGGUCAGAAAGGAUGUCGAGCGGGCCAUGUAUGGUCUGGAAUGCUGUCUGAUGUAGGUUCCAACGGCGGGGAGGUGGAAUGCAUUUUGAGGGAUAUGAGAGGUGAAGGCACCAACGAACUCCGUAUAUACAAUUAUAUAUAGCCAAGUUGGUUUGGGCACGAGGGAAAGAGGGAAACAAGGCUACAGCACAAACAAAGGGGGGAGAAAAUUUGUCUUGAACUAGAUCAUGAUGAGCCCUACUACUCUUCUCUGGGUGGUCCGAAUAACCGGGAAUAAUGAUAAUAGCAAGGGUAAAAAAAAAAUAAAUAAAAAUAAAAAUAAAAAAUCGUCUUCCCAGAACAUAAUUCCAGUACCCAUCCCUAUGUACUUCCCGGUGAAUAAAAUUGAUUCGCUCUGUUUUCUUCCAGUCUCCUUUCUUUCCCACCCAGUGCGCCGCAUUUAUUAUUGCACCAAGCCCACCACCCCCCUCCAACCAACAACGCCCGUCAAAUGGAGUCGAAUCGGGAGAGAGAGAGAGAGAGAGAGAGAGAAUUCAGGACCUAGUUCCCUUUUUUU